CGCGGAUCAAACUGGGCCUAUCACGCCGACGAACAAUCUCAACUCGAAUUGAUCGCAAUGAACUGCAAGAUAUACAAGUGGUCAUCGUCGUCGUCAGGGUCACUCGUGGAUCAACCAUUCGCCAAGAUACUGAAUUACUGAUAUUUGACAAAAGAAGAGUUGGGAUUACUUUAUUCUGGCAAUGGCUCAGUUUGAUGAAUCCAUCAGGGGUCAGAUCCAAGCGCUUCUGCGGGUUAUGAAUUUAACUCGAUGUGUUAAUGAAGACAAGGUUCUGUGCAAAAUCGAAGAGGAUCUGUUCUUGGGAUCUGUUGGCGCUGCGAAUAACAAAGAUGAUCUUAAACGCCUUAAUGUGACGCACAUAUUAACCGUGGCUAGUACGUUGAAACCUGCAUAUCCAGACGAUUUCGUGUAUAAAGUCAUUGCAGUCGGGGAUAGGGAAGACACAAACAUAAGAGAACACUUUGAUGAGUGCUUUGAAUUUAUUGAUGAAGCCAAGAGAUUGGGUGGAGGUGUGCUGGUUCAUUGCUUCGUUGGGAAAUCCAGAAGCUCCCACCAUCAAAUGAAAUGUGAAUGCUAUUUCUGCCUGUCUUUGAAAGGACAUGUUAUAAGUGUUACAAUCGUUGUUGCUUAUCUCAUGAAAAAGCAUGGCAUGAGCCUUUCUCAAGCUUUGGAACAUGUGAAGAGCAGACGGCGACAAGCAUCUCCUAAUUCUGGUUUCAUUUCACAACUGCAGGAGUAUGAGAAAUUUCUGCAAGUUUUGGCACUUACUUGAAAGUCAUAUGCAGAUUCAUGACAAAAGGUGUAUGAGCAAGCACAUAGAGGUGAGGAGAAUGGGAUGAAUACAGAGACAUUUCUGCGCAGUCUUGCCGCACCUAUCCUGCAAUUUGUUUUGGUAUUGAACUUCAUAUCAAAUAAGCAUCUUGUAAAUAGAGAACUUGAAAUGCAGAUCACAUUAGUGUGAAUAUUAAAGAUACCGGUAGAAGAGUUAAAUCAGGUUUAUGACAACGCCGAAGAAAAGUAGGCUGGAAAGAUCAAUUUUUUUUGCUUUUAGGUGUAAUGCAGGGGAACUCUUGAAAGAUCGUCGAACUAAGAAGCUUGAAUCCGUCCUGACAGUCGAUUUCUGCAUGAUCCACCUUUAAGGUUACUUUUGUUAUUUUGCCAAUUUGUGAAGAACAAGGUAUUCGCGAAAUAUGUAAGUUAUACUCUUGAUAGUCUCUAGCCUGAAUUGAGACUGCAAAUUUCAGGCCUUUGAUCAAUAAUUAAUGCAUGUUGGUACAAUUUGCUC